AUGGCCACCUGUGAGGGCAACGCAUCGAAACUUCGUAAGUGCUUGAUGAAUUGCGUGAGGCACUUCAGCGGAGAACAUCAGGAGUGCUGCGUGGAUUCCCCUUGCAAAGAGAAUGGACAUGUCCCAACAACUCUACUGGUCAAGGAUCCUGUGGCCUUGGAACUCCUGACACAAUUCCUGAGAUCAACGACAUUGUACAAGAACGCAGAAGAUUUUGUUCGGUCCAAAGAUACGUUUUACGUCGAGUCUUUUAAUAACACCAGUCUCAUCUACCUGGACAAGAGGAUACAUUAUCAAGAUGCGACCUACGAAAUGCGGCAGACCUUAGCCAUGUUAGACUGGAACGAGCACGUUGGAAGAGGGCACACGUCUCUCUACCGCAUAGAGGACUGCCGGCACCCGGACAGACAGGGAGGAAAAAAGAAGUACGUCAGGAAAACCUACAGUUUUGUUCGAAAGAUUGUGGAGCUGGUUCUCCUUGCGUCUUUCUCUCCUGAUGCCACGUGAUUGCAGAUAAAUAAAGCUAGCAGCUUAGCCUUCUCAUGGACACCACUCACAGCCUUCUCGGGGGACAAGGCGACGACGUAGACCUGAGUUUUCUAUUUUUUUAACGGUUGGAAUUAUAAGGCAAAUAAACAGCGUU